AUGGAUUCACCCGAACAUCCGAUUGACAAAGCUCGUAGAAUACAAGAAGAGCGCAUCAAAGCCGAUCGGAACUAUUUUGUGACGUGGGAUCGGUGGAUUCCGCCAAAGCUGUGGCCGACUCCAUUCCCUCAAAAGAGUUGGAUUCCUGUUGGCCUCAACACCUUUCCCAUUCCCCCCAAGCGAAGAAAUCAGCGGCAAGAGCUAGCCAAGCAAUACUUCGGACAUGAACAAAUUGACAUGUGCUGGGACAUUGAGGCCGAUGAAGUGCCGAAGGUAGCGACGCCGACUGCCAGCGCAUCGGCAAACCCAGAAUCACUUGCCGAGGUGAAUUUCGGCAAUGAACAAUUCGACACGUGCUGGGGCGCCGAGGAGGAUGGAGUACCGAAGGUGGUGACGCCGACUGCAAGUGCGUCGGCCGAACAGCAAUUUGGCAGCGAAAAAUUCGAGAUGUUGUGGGGCACCGAGGUAGAUGAAGUGCCUCAGCUGGUGACCCCGACUGCAAGUACCUCGGCCGAACUGCAAUUCGGCAAUGAAACAUAUGACAUGGGCUGGGAUGGCGAGGGAGAUCCCGCACCCACCGAUUCUCCCACUCAAGCUGCAGGUCAGUAUGACCUGUGUUGGGAUGACGCCGAAGAUGCGCCGACCUAUGACAUGUGUUUGGGACGACGCCGAGUCGGCACGACGGUUGCUGGUGCAGUUUUGGCAGCUGCAGAUAUGCCAUGGGAGGACCCUUCUGCAUCGGCAGCCGACUUUAAAGCCUACAGUGGAUCUGGGCGAAGGCCGAGCACUGGGCCGGUAACCUCGGGCCGGUCGGGAAUAUCACCUGUUGUAUCCUCGGCACUGCGAAAUCGGUCACCGAGCGAGAUUCUCACAAGACAUGAGGAAUUGCUGCGCCGAGCCGAUGAAAGGCUUCAAACAAUUGAUGCCCUGAUGGGGCAGUCAGGGAUGCGCGGGACCGAUUUGCUGGAGCCAGGGAAGAUAUUGCUAGGAUUGAGCAUAUGA